CGAGGAGGCCGGCUUGCGAGGUGGAGUGGCCCAAGCUGAGGGCGCGGAGAGCUCAGGGCGGCGACGACAACGGCGUUGAUAUCGGUGGUAACAACGGCCUCAGCAGGCGGGGAAGAUGAAAGGUAGCCGGAUCGAGCUGGGAGAUGUGACGCCACACAAUAUUAAGCAGUUGAAGAGAUUAAACCAGGUGAUCUUUCCAGUCAGCUACAAUGACAAGUUCUAUAAAGAUGUGCUGGAGGUUGGCGAGCUAGCAAAACUUGCCUAUUUCAAUGAUAUUGCAGUAGGUGCAGUAUGCUGUAGGGUGGAUCAUUCACAGAAUCAGAAGAGACUUUACAUCAUGACACUAGGAUGUCUGGCACCAUACCGAAGGCUAGGAAUAGGAACUAAAAUGUUAAAUCAUGUCUUAAACAUCUGUGAAAAAGAUGGCACUUUUGACAACAUCUAUCUGCACGUCCAGAUCAGCAAUGAGUCUGCAAUUGACUUCUACAGAAAGUUUGGCUUUGAGAUUAUUGAGACAAAGAAGAACUACUAUAAGAGGAUAGAGCCCGCUGAUGCUCAUGUGCUGCAGAAAAACCUCAAAGUCCCUUCUGGCCAGAACGCAGAUGUGCAAAAGACAGACAACUGAACAAAUUACAGAUGAACUUUCUUGCACUUGCUUGUCGCCAAAUAAAAGAGAGGCCCAUUGA